GGACGGGCGCUGGGCAUGGAGGGGAUGGGGCCUGGAGCCGCCCGCCUGCAGCCCCGCUCCCCGCUCCGGGGCGUCUCCGCAGCAGGGCCGAGCGCAGCGUCCCGGGGGAGCGGGACGAACCCCGGCCCCGCACCCCGCUCGGCGUUGGGACGGGGCUGCCAUUGGCUCUGGCGGGGAGCGCUGACCGCCAGCCGCCUCCAAACUAUUUCCUGUUGCUGCGGCGUUAAUGCUAAACAGACCUUUCUCUCUCUUCCCUCUCUCCAGCCAAAGUGCAGCGGGCUCCUGCCGCCGCCCGCCUUCUCGCCCCGCUCCGGGGCCACCCGCAACCCCGAUGCCCAGCACGUGCCAUCCCCAGCAACACUGAGCGCGACCGGGUGCAGGAUGGAGAGCCGCAGGCAGGACAUGGAGCUGCUGAGCAACAGCAUGGCUGCAUAUGCACACAUCCGAGCCAACCCUGAGAGCUUCGGGCUCUAUUUUGUGCUGGGCGUCUGCUUCGGGCUGGUGCUGACCCUGUGCCUGCUGGUGCUGCGCCUCUCCUGCCAGUCCCCCAUGCGUCCCCUGCCCCGCCCGAGGGACCUCAGCGAGGACGAGGAGGAGGAUGAUGAGGACGAGGACGAGGAGGAGGACACUGUUGACCAAGCAGUAUCUGAGUCGCUGCUGCCAGUGACCGAGAUCCCGCUGGAGAGCCACGGCCCCGGGGAUGGAGCGCUGGCUGUCAACGUCUUUGCCUCAGCGGAGGAGCUGGAGCGGGCGCAGCGGCUGGAGGAGCGCGAGCGCAUCAUCCGCGAGAUCUGGCGCAACGGGCAGCCUGACAUCCUGGGCACCGGCACCGGCACGCUGGGCCGUGUCCACUACUACUGAGCCCCGGCACAGGGGCGGCUGCCCCGGCACCGUGCCUGGCUCCCCCCAGUAGCUCAGCUGACAACGUGCCACCCCUGGGAGCUGCCCAGGACCCAGUCUGAGGCCAGAAGAGAGGAGGAUGGGCGAGCUGCUCAUUGCCCCUGGGUUGGAGGAGCUGCCCCGGAGCAUCUCUGCACCGCUGCCAGCCAGACCCCGGUGCCACGUGCACCCCUCUGGAGCCAGACUCACCCCCACUGCUGUGGGACAUGAUGCACUUUGAGCCAUCGGUACGACUGCUGGCACCAGCCGAGCAGCCCCGGGACCCUGCGGGGACAAGGACAGGGCAGACACUGCCGGCUUUGGCUGCGGUGCUGGCACCAUCGGCUUGGUGCCGGAGGGAGGCCCAUCCCCGUGGGUCACGGUCAGGCUGUACAGCCAUGUAAGCUGUGGGGUCCUGCCCCAGAAACAUGGUGCUGUUAUACACUA